CGCAGAAAAUCACAGGAGUGCCCUACUUCCGUUUUCUUCGCACUCUAAAAAUAAACAUGGCACCUUCUACGAUUGUCAAUUUUAUUUCCCUGUUACUUUUGGGUUUAACUAUAGCUGCAGUAUCAGCUAAAAGUAAAUAUACAUUUGCAACAAUCGAGAGUUGUAGUGGAUGUUCCUUGAAUAGACUUCCGGAUGUCAAGAAAUUUAUAUUCGAGGAUGUACCACAAUAUAACAAUGUUGAAUUCAAGCAUAUUCAAGGUGCAAGCCCAGAACUUGUCCUUUAUGAUGACAAUGAGGAGGAAAUGGAGAGAUUAAAUUUGGCAAGCCUUACACGUCAAGAGUGUAAUGAUUUACUUUUAUCUAAAGGUUUCACAAAGUCUCAUCCUCAAAAGGAUGAAAUAUAAAGACUCAAAUAGUUGUAUUAUUCAAUUUUUAUGCACUUGAAAGAAAUCAAUAUAUAAUUUUGAGUAGCAUUUCUAAUUAAAUACGAUUAGAAAGCUUCUUAUACGUUUUAUUAAGCUAAAUGAACAAUAAACAAAAUGUUUGAAAUGUUUUUCUUCAAUUCUAUAUUGAAAGAAAAUAAUUUAUCAAUAUAUACUAUUAGAGAGACAAUAGAGUUUAGCGAUAAUAGUAACUUUGCACAUAAUAAUAGUUACAUAAAGAUUUUUCAAUGCACAAAUUGCUAUUUUUUAUUGACACA